AUGGACGAGUUUUUCUUUCGAUCAGGUACGAUGAACACUUUUAGAACCUUUGGCCUGUUGGCUCUCUUGGCUAUCUUUAGCGUUGCUCAAGGGGCCAACUUGGCACUCGAUCAGCAUUCCCAAACCUUGGAAUUCCCAAAGGCCCGGCGACUUUCUGCAGCCAGUCUGCCCCCCAGCCUCAGAGUGAGAGAGAUCGAAAUGGUCGCUCUAAAGAGAGAAGCAAGUUUCGACUUUAUACACGAGGUCCCAGGAGAUGACACGGAAUAUGUCUUCACCACUACCCUCAAUGUGGCAUCUCAACACCCGAUUCUUGCCCUUGAGGCUUUAGAAACCGACAUAGAUGAUAUGUCGUGCUCGGAUUCAACGAUUCAAUUGUCCAUCGACUCGCCUACUCGGGCCAGAGCCCUAAAGCAGGAACUCGAGGCUGUAUCAGAUUUUGUUGUCGUCACUUCCCAUGAAGGCUGUGACUUGGAAGGCGAGAGGUCCAUCCAUCAUGUGACGAAGACGAGUGUCGACCUUGCUCGUCAAGUGUUCACCCUGGAGAAGGUCAAAUGCGACUGGCACGAUGCAAGCCAUUCUACCAGCGUGUCUUUCUCCCACAGGCACCGAUCAAGGAUCCAGAGGCGUACAUAUACCUUGCAUCAGAAACGACAGCAGGAGGCAACAAGUGCGCCGACAACCACGAGGGUAGUAGGGGAAGGCUCUACGCCUUCCAUAUCCUUUCCAGCGGUUCCCACUGCGACAACGGGACUGCCUUCGAGUGUGACUAAAUCGCUCGACAAGCACUAUGUCAAUCAGAAGAUAUUUCCGCCAGAUACUCCUGCCGCUGACAUGUUCAUUCCGCAAGGAGUAACAGUGACCUGCAAAAACUGCACGCUCCAGGGCGAUAUUGAGAUAACUCGAGGCUCGUUCAACAUUUCUGGGAAUACGAUUAAAGACACAAUUGCCUUUUUUGACGACGGUGCUCUUGAAAUCACAUCGAAUGGCCUUUUCGCACAGGUUGAACUUGGUCUUAGCCUUUCGCUGAGCCAAUCUCUGGCUUCCCUUAACAUGUCUCUCCCUACAAUUCCUCUCACUCCAUUUGAGGUAGGCAUCCGGGCACAAGGUGUUAUCAUGCUUUACUAUGACGGUAUUGACAACCCUAGAUACCAGGAGUUGUAG